CGGAGAUGUUCGUGUUUUUUUUCCUUCUCGCAAGAAGAAAGAUAUGCUGUUGUGUAGCUGUCGCGAGCGUAAAUGAAAAGUUGAACAAUUCCCGGAGUGCACAAAGCCGAGCUGCAUUUUUCCGUUUUUUCGCGUGCGUGCGUAUGUGUGUUUCGUGUGUGGUGUGUUUGUUCUAAGUGUUUGGUUUUAUUUCGUAGUGGUUACCAGUUUGUUUUACGCACACGCGAAGAUGUCAUCGGGAAGACCUAUCAAAUGUGUGGUGGUCGGUGACGGCACGGUGGGGAAAACGUGCAUGCUGAUCAGCUACACGACCGACAGCUUUCCCGGCGAAUACGUACCCACGGUCUUUGACAAUUAUUCCGCCCCAAUGGUGGUGGACGGGGUGCAAGUAUCGCUCGGGCUGUGGGACACGGCCGGACAGGAAGAUUACGACCGGCUAAGGCCACUGUCCUACCCACAGACGGACGUGUUCCUCAUAUGCUACAGUGUGGCCAGCCCGUCGUCGUUCGAAAACGUUACCUCCAAGUGGUAUCCCGAGAUUAAACACCACUGCCCGGAUGCGCCCAUUAUUUUAGUCGGAACCAAAAUCGAUCUGCGGGAGGACCGCGAAACGAUCAGCGUACUGGCCGAGCAGGGCCUAUCCGCGCUGAAGCGCGAACAGGGUCAAAAGCUAGCGAAUAAGAUACGGGCGGUCAAGUAUAUGGAAUGUUCGGCACUAACCCAGCGAGGCCUCAAGCAGGUCUUUGACGAAGCGGUGCGGGCCGUGCUUAGACCAGAGCCUUUAAAACGACGCCAACGAAAAUGUGUUGUGAUGUAGGUGUUGUGUCCGUGUGUUGGCGCGUCCGGCAAACACGGUGAAGCAAACCAACUCAAAGCAUAACAAAGAAAAAAAAACAGGAAAACGGCAAACAAGUUCAUACAUUUAGAGAAACGAAAAAAGAAAAAAUAUUGUACAUAAGUUUAGAGAGAUGCAGACGAUGGCAUCAGGCGUGGCGGGAAACGCUGUAAAGGAGACGGCAACCAUAAACCCCCGGGAGGCUUGCAAAGUGAACAAUGAAGCAACGAAGCGGCAAACGAAUGUCGGAAAAUCGUGAAACGGUUAAAGAAUCACAAACACCAAAACGUAGCAAACCGUGAGCAAACGCAGGAAAAAUGCUUAGGAAAAAUCGAUCGAGUGUGCCAUUUUCAUCAAGAAACGUCAAAGUAUUGUCGCCGCUGGUAACCAAGCGAUGCAGAACGAAUCCGAAGGAAGCGGAAGUAACGAAACAAGCAAAAACUGCAAGCUACCAGAAAAGUGAACACAGGAGCAGAUUAAGUACCGGAACGAAGAGGUAUUAGCAGGGCAAAAAGUGAGGACAGUCGUCACCUCACAUAGGACAAGUAGCUACACAAAACAAAAGGUAAGACGUUAAGCGAUAAGCAAUCGCACAAGCAAUGAAACAGGGCGGGUGUGCUUGAGUGAAAGAGAGAGAGAGAGAGAUGGAACAAAGGGAUUUCCUUCACGUUAAUGCUUAAGGAUGAGGAUGUUGCAGUAGUAGUGGGUAAAAGAAGGAAGAGCAAGUGUUCACCACCCCCUGAACCAACCAGCCGAAAAUACCUCACGUAAAGUUUUUCAUUUUUUUUCCAAUUGCACGGAACUGGCGAAGAGGAGGAGGAAUACGGGAUUGAGCAAAUCAAAAACGCAACAAAACAGUAGAAUCCAGCGAGAGACACAGCAAAAGCGAUGAGAGUGGUAACAGUUCAAAAGAUUAGGGAUCGCACGGUUCCGAUCGCGAUCCCGUUUGUUGUUGAGCAGUUCUCAUGUUUUUUUUUUUGGUGGAACUAGGCUUUGGUUUUCCAUUUUAUCGAGGGAAACGCUUCGUUUUGUUUUUCCUUCGAUAGCGCAUCAGCUAAGCAGCAAGCAAGAAACUAGUUCAAAAUGGUCAGAAAAGCGGACAGGAUAUUUGCAAUAUUAAUCUUUACAUACUGAAGCAGACAUCUCCCAACUCGAAAGCAAUCGUAAGGGCCUUUUUUUAAUUAUGCUAGCAGGGACUGAAAAAAGCCUCUUGCUCUUGUAGAAAGGACGCGGGAAAAAUGGAGAUUCCUUUUUUAAUUUUUCCACUUAAAAUCAGUGCUUCAGAGCCUCGUCGUACGUCUCUUCCCAGCAUCGGGUGAGCUUGAGCGAUUUUUUUUGUUUUUUAAAUGCUCUCUUCAAUUCUUUAUGGUUUGUAGCUCAACGGCUCAUCGGGGGAUAUGGGCGAGACGAAGCACCGACCACCAUCUCAUGAGUAAAUCUCAUUCCAACAUCCAACCUCCAUGGUAUCUCUAACAGAAUCGAAAGUAUAUAGGGUAUAUAUAUGUAUUUUUUUUAAUUACUUCGUGCUGCCUCCGAAAGGAUUAGGAUCAGGAACAGCGAGGAGAAUCAGUCAUGAAGCGAGACGGUAGACGAAAUGGGGAGCAUGUGAGCCAAAGUGUUUUUUUUUUUACUAUUUUUACACGUUUUUAGAAGUUAAGUGUACGCGAAAUCUGAGCAAUGGUUUUUUUAGAUUUUUUUUUACACUCGUCUGCCUGUCUGUACCGAAUGCCUCGAGGUUUUUUUUUAUACACGAACCUUUUUUCCAUUUAUCCGUUUUCAUAAACUGGACAAAAAAUGCAAACAACAACACUAGCCAAUCCGGGACGAGCAGAAGAUUCCUAUUAUUAAUCGCAGCCUCUCACAGCACAAUCGGCGCCACACAGGUCUCGAAUAGUUUGUAGAGAUGAAGCCGGUAGGGUAGUGUCUAGUCGCAAUAGGGACUCUGUUUGGGGCGGGGGUAGAGAAGAAGUGAUUGAGAGAUGUAAGGUUUACCUCAAAACUGCCAGAAAGUUAGCACCCCCCCCCGACACCCCCCAAACCCAAGGGGGCUUUGUGUUUAGCGUAGUGUCAAUUAUUUGCAAUGUUUUUUAACGCCAAGGAACCUCACCUAAUUAGCAGGUUCAACUUUAUCCCCUCCCCCCAUUUAAAUUCCCAAAAAGAACGAAGAGCGAGAGAGAAAGGGAGAUAGAGCGAAAUCGAAUCACCAUCAUAUCCUAGUCCUUUGCUGACACACCGGCCACCCAACCGAUAGUGUCCAUGGGGCUGCCAUACUGAGUUUUUGUGUCCUUUAAAUAAUUUUAUAUUUAAAAAUGAAAGGCAAAACGCGCGCGAGAGCAUGUGUGUUUGCUCUUGUGCACUAUUAUUACGGUUUGUUGUUAGGUUUGGUCCCUCCAUCAACCCCCCCACAUUUAUAAUCCCCCGUAUGAUCCCCAAAAGCUGCCAUUAUCGCCCGAUGUUUCGGAUGGUUAGUUUUCGAAAGUAGAGGAGAGAGAGUGCGAGACAAAAACAAAUGUGUGAUGAUGAUGUGUAGGGAAGAGACCGAGAGAAUGUAGCAAGAAGCGAAGGGCUAACAGAGAGAGAGAGAGAGAGAGAGAGAGAGAGAGAGAGAGAGAGAGAGAGAGAGAGAGAAAUACGCGUGUUCUGAAUACAAUUCGUUUUGUACUUUUUGAUAUUUAUUUUGCUU